AUGAUGACGGCCAGAUCUCCGCAUGUCACGCAGCGGCAUUAUGCUGCACGAUGGACUUUUGAGGCGCCCUUCGCACCGCAGCCGUUUCCGGCGACAAGUUCACCGCCGCUCCUGCCACUGCCGACACAACUUCUUCCCGUUUCCUCCAUCGCUGCACCUGCUGCUGCCGCUUCUCUCAUGCCGGCCUCUUCUCUCAUGACGGCCUCUCCCAUCUCGCUCGCAGUUUCCCCCGUGAUGAUGCCUGCAUCUCCCCCCACGCCUGCCCAAACUCCCCUCGUCACUCCACCCGAAAGCACCAGCCCUUCCCCUUCGGCUGCCACCCAACCCACGACCCUGAACGAGCAGCAGCAGCACUUAAUCUCUCCGCACUCCAGGGCUGCUUCAGUCUCUGGUCUCACGGGGGACAGUCACCAGAGCUACUACUCUUCCGCCCGUCCCUCUGAGUUCCGCCUUGAUGCCGCAGACCCUGCAGCGCUCUCCUGCCCUGCUCCGCUUACCCUCUCUCCUACGCAACCCUCCACUGCACACCUGCAGCAGCAGCAACAGGUGCUGCAGGAGCAGGAGCAGAAGCAAGAGCAGGAGCAGGAGCAUAAUCAGAAUCAAGAACGUCAGGAGAAGCAGGAUGAGGAGGAACAGCAACGAAGGGAGACGAAACAUAAUCAUCCGCAGAAAGGGGGUGAGGAGGAGGAAGAAAAUAAGGAGACAACGCAGGCACUAACCCAGCAGUGGCAUCAAGAGAAGGAGGGGGAGCAUCACGAUCAGCAGCAGGAGGAGGUGAGGGCGGUGAUAGCGCAGCAGUGGCAGCUGUUGGAGGAAGCAAUGCAGCCGCCACAGGAGUUGACGCAGCAGACACGGAAGCGACAAUUGCACGACGCCGAGCACAAGGCCCUCAGGCAAAGAGGCGCACGGGGGAAGAAGGGCGGCCCAUUGUCACCCACACCUCGCAUGACAGCACAUCGACCUCCCACUCGAUCCAGCACGCAGCCCUAG